AUGCUCUCCUAUCGCGUGCGUCAUGAAGAGUUGUGUGGUCUUUUCGGAGUGCAAUUGAACGGCAGCAACCCAACGGCGAACAGCAUUGUGAGGUGGCUGCGAUGGUUGGCAGCAUCCUCGCAUCUUCACGACUCUUUUGUUUCUUCUACUUCUGGUGCGCUGAGGACUAGUUCAAGAACUUCUUCGUUCCUGCAGACGUGGGAAAGUCCGAAAGCAAUCUGUGAGGUCCUGUUGCGGCAGCUGCAUGCAGCC